AUGGCUACUAGUUUGACUGAGAGCGUUGCAACAGCCAUUAAAUCCUCGUCAAAAACUCCUCAACUUUUACCACCUGCGCCCAAUGCCAGCCUUGACAUUGUUUUAGGAGAUAUCACUGGAUCCCAGUCAUUCCAACCAGUUCUCAUAGACCAUCGAAGCCAGGAAGGAACGCUCUCAGAGCUUCACUCUAUGAUUAAAAGGCUUCGUGAAAUGGACUCGUCGUUAUCCCUGACAAAAUCAAUGAUGGGUAGGCUUUACGGUUCAUCGGGCGAGACAGCAGCGGCACCCUUUUGGAUUACGCUGUCACUUUUGAAGGAAAGAUCAGCAAAUAUCAUGUCAAUGAGUGAUAUACUCGACAUCGAUACUUUAAUGCCAGAAGCGUCGCAAGCCAGCCUAAUUGAGGAAUUGUAUUCCAUAUCUCUACCCAUACUUACUGAGCUUCCAACAGCCAACCCCGAAGAAUGGCGUGUUCCCGCACUUGCGCUUGAAGCUGUGGCUCUUCAAGCACAGCAAUUAGCCGAGACUUUUCGUCCCGAACUAAUUGACGUAUUGUACCCAGUCCUUCAGUUAAUGGGCUCAAGCAACCCAAGCUUACAAAACCACGCCAUGACUUGUCUGAAUAUAAUGACGCGCGCAUGCGGGUACUCUGAUACCAGUACAAUGCUUAUUGAUAACGUCGACUACUUGGUUAAUUCGGUUGGGAUGAAAUUCAAUACCUUUGAUAUCUCACCCCAAGCGCCGCAAGUGCUCCUUAUGAUGAUUAGGCUCUGCGGUGCGAGCUUGAUACCUUAUUUGGAUGACUUGAUUGGAUCAAUAUUCUCCAUUCUUGAUGCUUUCCACGGCUACCCUAAGCUGGUUGAACUACUUUUUGCAGUGCUGGGAGCAAUCAUUGAUGAGAGCGCAAAAUCACCAACAAUAUUGGCUAUUACAAGUGAUGCGCAAGUUGAUACGAAAAUCGAUGGCCAACCGCGGUACAAGCCCCGUACGAUCUCUGAUAUCGUGGUAGAGUUCAAGAGGAGGAGAAAACGACGUGCUGAACACGAUAGUCAUGAAGCAGACAACUCUGAAGUACUUGAACCUCACCCGAAGCGUCCCUGGAAAGGGAUUUUGGGUAGGGAAGCAGGAGAAGAAGCAGGCGAAGCGGACGAGUCCCAAACAAAUCAAUCACCACCGCAGGGAGACGAUGAAGACAAGGCCCUUAGCAAGCCUCACAAUCUCCUAAUAAGCAUCUUGAAGUCCAUCCCUCCGCACCUCUCUUCACCAUCGCCGCAUCUACGACGCUCCCUUUUGACCAUACUGUCUCGUGCUAUGGCUGUACUUGCACCCGACGAGAAUAGCUUUUUACCCCUGGUAAACGAUAUUUGGCCUUCCGUUAGUGCCCGAAUCACAUUGGCUCCAAGUUUGGCUUCUAAUACUUCUACUUCUUUGGCAUUGACGAAUCCACAUCCGCGAGCCCCAAGUGGUCUGGAUGAAAUGAACAUACAAGAGCAAGCGUAUGUCAUUGUCGCUUCUUGCCAGACUAUUGAUGCGAUGUGUCGAGGGGCAGGAGACUUUAUGUCGUCACGGGUAGAACACGAUUUUCCGAAGUGGAAACAAAUAUAUACCAAAUGCUGGCAGCGGGUUAAACACGACGCAGACCUCGCGUUCGAAAGACAUCAGCAGCACCAGCGACGUUUGGACCAAGCCCGAAGACGGGAGAAUGAUCCCAACAAGACGAUAUCUCAAAUUGAGCACCUUACCAUCACACAAACCUCAUCCACCAACGAAACCACCACUACUUCAACAAUCUCCUCCUCAUCCACUCCUUCUCUCCCACGUGGACCUCCGCCACUCCCACAUUUUGCCAGCAAAUCCUUCACUCCUCAUCACAACAUCUGGAGCGCUCUCACAUCCCUUUUUACCACUAUCCUCGUCCACGUCCGCCUUCCCCUGGACGUAGGGGAUGAUAUCUGUCAAUGCCUGGGGCGCUGGAUCCCCUCCUUCUAUCCGAACUACUACUUCACAUAUUCAUGGAAAGAUACGCAAUGCUCGCCGGCUGACGAUGCACAGACGACCAGGAAAACAAGGCCUGAUAGCUCAAGUAGUGAAGUGGACAUUGACGCGACCAUUCGCGCGAUGGAUGCCUGGAAUGCGGAUCUGACUUGGCUUAUUUUUGCACGAGGUAGAGCAAAGAGCGCAGACAAUAGGCAGGAAGGAGGGUUCGAUGUGAUGAGGACGAACCUAAAUGGUAGGUUGGCGAAGAUACUAAAUUCGUCGGCGGAGAAGGAAGAUGUUGGCCGCCGCCGAUUUGCAGAGAUGGAGAGAUGGCGCCGUUUUGAAGACAAAGGGGAGAUAUUUCAAUUUGACCCUAAGCAAACCUACUAUUUUGAACCCAACAAGAAUAUCAAUUUCAAUGAGUGGAUAAGAAUGACCAUAAAGAUAAAGGGAAUGAACCGAUACCCGAAAGCAGCAAGCACAGCCAUGAAAUGUCGCGAGAUAUAA